UUCCAAGGGCCAAAACGCGUAUGUAGCAUAGCCUUUGUUCUUCUAGAGGAGGUAAGUGAGAGCGGACCAAUGGAAAUGCUGAAUUUCUGUUUUUCCGGCUAAUAACCUCCCUUUAACCCAAUCUUCUCUGCGGAAGAAGAAAAGAGUGGACCCGGGGGCGGUGCAAGCCCAGGAAGCGGAAGCAGCCGUGUGAGCAGGGAGCUACUUCUGACUGAACCACACGUGUGCGAGUUGCCACGAUGGAAGUCACACCAAAAAAAAAAUUCACAGGAAAAGGUACAAAGACAUCCCAAGAGAAAAACAGAUUUUAUAAAAAUAAUGAUUCUGGUUCUUCAAAGACAUUCCCAAGAAAAGUUGUUAAGGAAGGUGGGCCUAAAAUCACAUCAAAGAACUUUCAGAAAAGUGCCACAAAACCAGGGAAAAAAGGUGUGAAGCAGUUCAAGAAUAAGCAGCAAGGAGACAAAAUACCAAAGAACAAAUUCCAGCAGGCAAAUAAAUUCAACAAGAAGAGAAAAUUCCAGCCAGAUGGAAAAAGUGAUGAAUCAACAGCCAAGAAACCCAAAUGGGAUGAUUUCAAAAAGAAGAAGAAAGAACUGAAGCAAAGCAGACAACUCAGUGAUAGAACCAACUAUGACAUUGUUGUUCGGGCAAAGCAGAUUUGGGAGAUCAUACGAAGAAAAGAUUGUGACAAAGAAAAAAGAAUGAAGUUGCUAAGUGAUUUGCAGAAGUUGAUUCAAGGAAAAAUUAAAACUAUUGCAUUUGCACAUGAUUCAACCCGUGUGAUCCAGUGUUACAUUCAGUAUGGCAACGAAGAACAGAGAAAGCAGGCUUUUGAAGAACUACGAGAUGAUUUGGUCGAACUAAGUAAAGCUAAAUAUUCCAGAAAUGUUGUUAAAAAAUUUCUCAUGUAUGGGAGUAAACCACAGAUUGCAGAGAUAAUACGAAGUUUUAAAGGCCACGUGAGGAAGAUGCUCCGACACGCGGAAGCAUCAGCCAUCGUGGAGUACGCGUACAAUGACAAAGCUGUUUUGGAGCAGAGGAACAUGUUGACAGAGGAGCUCUAUGGGAACACGUUUCAGCUUUACAAGUCAGCAGAUCAUCCAACUCUGGACAAAGUAUUAGAAGUACAGCCAGAAAAACUAGAGCUUAUCAUGGAUGAAAUGAAACAGAUUCUAACUCCAAUGGCUCAAAAGGAAGCUGUGAUUAAGCACUCAUUGGUACAUAAAGUAUUCUUGGACUUUUUUACCUAUGCACCACCAAAGCAAAGAUCAGAAAUGAUUGAAGCCAUCCGUGAAGCAGUGAUAUACCUAGCGCACACACAUGAUGGCGCCAGAGUGGCCAUGCACUGCCUGUGGCAUGGCACGCCCAAGGACAGGAAAGUGAUUGUGAAAACAAUGAAGACUUAUGUUGAAAAGGUGGCUAAUGGCCAGUACUCCCAUUUGGUUUUAUUGGCAGCAUUUGAUUGUAUUGAUGAUACUAAGCUUGUGAAGCAAAUAAUCAUAUCAGAAAUUAUUAGUUCCUUGCCUAACAUAAUAAAUGACAAGUAUGGAAAGAAGGUCCUGUUGUACCUACUAAGCCCCAGAGAUCCUGCACAUACAGUACGAGAAAUCAUUGAAGUUCUGCAGAAGGGAGAUGGAAACGCUCACAGUAAGAAAGAUCCAGAGAUCCGACGCCAAGAGCUCCUAGAAUCCAUCUCUCCAGCUUUGUUAAGUUACCUGCAAGAUCAUGCCCAGGAAGUGGUGCUAGAUAAGUCUGCAUGUGUGUUGGUGUCUGACCUUCUGGGAGCUGCCAUUGGAGACAUUCAGCCUGCCAUGAAUGCCAUUGCCAGCUUGGCAGCAUCAGAACUGCAUCCUGGUGGCAAAAAUGGAGAGCUUCACAUUGCAGAACAUCCUGCGGGACAUCUUGUUCUGAAGUGGUUAAUAGAACAAGAUAAAAAGAUGAAAGAAAAUGGAAGAGAAGGUUGUUUUGCAAAAACACUUGUAGAGCAUGUUGGUAUGAAGAAGCUAAAGUCCUGGGCUAGUGUGAACCGAGGUGCCAUUAUUCUUUCUAGCCUUCUUCAGAGUUCUAAUCAAGAAGUUGCAGACAAAGUCAAAGCUGGACUGAAAAGCCUGAUUCCCACAUUGGAAAAGAACAAGAACACCAGCAGAGGAAUAGAAAUGCUACUUGAAAAACUGUCAGUAUAGAUGGAAACAGUUAACAAGACAGAAUCAUUUCUUCUCUUCUGAUCCGUUUUCCCACUGUGGAAAAGAAGGGCUGGAGGGUCCACCUCACUGAUAAUUUGUGUACUUACUGUAAUUUGUGUUUCUUCUUUGUGUAAGAAUUUAUUUAUAAAAUGCUUUCUAAAAAGUGCUCUUUUUUAAAAAAAAUUCCAGCCAUCUUCCUUAUCAUCUUGAGUAGUAAGUAAAUCACAGCAUGAGACAGUAAUGUAAAAAAGCUUUAAUAGUCAUACAGCAGGACCAAGCAAAUACAUAUAAAGUGAGUGCGUGAGCUGAUUCAGGGGAAGACAUCCUCUGGGAGCAGUAGUGUAAGAAGGCUUCGUGGAGGCGGUAGGGCUUGAGAGAACCUCAGAGGAAA